UUGGGAUGCUCACGUUCCUUCAGCCUCUCCAAACCGGCCCAGGACUAUCCUUCCUUAUAAGUUUCUGAACUAUCGUCAACUUUAUACAAGAAAAUCAUCCGAAGUUUCAAACGUCAGACUCAUCUUGACCUAAACAAUAUCCAUCUUUUGGAUCCUGAUAGUGACUUUACUGAUGUUAUUGACAUCUUGAAAGGAUUCUCAAACCUAAUCAGAAGAACCUGGAAUUUUUGUAUCCUAAAAGAAACAUCAGAUCUGAUAAGGAUUUUGGUAGCAGCUACCAACUGGAUGUGUUCCACAUCGACAGACUUCGUGACACUUCAGGAAUAUUUCUCUAUCAAUUUAUCGCCUUUUUGAUGUUACUUUAAAUAGGCUAUGAUUGGAGAACCAAUCACGUGUCGUUUCGUGUAGAAGAGCAAAGAACAGACACGUGCCAACCGGUUGUCUGCUAGUGUCGAAGCUCUACUGUGCUGUUAUCUAGUUUUGCAUGUUCAAGUUUAAGUUCAAAGUGUUGACUUCGUACUGACUUACAUUUAGUGGAUUAGUUUUGUUUCGUGGGAUGAACCAGUGGAAGAGAUCUUAACCCUUCAAGGUCGCAUAUGCGGAACGUGAUGUGCGAAGCGGUGUCGAGAUCCUGGUACAUAAAGCCAGAACUACACUGCAAUCUAGUGGGAGUUCCGGCGGGAGCUUUAUCGCCCCCAGCGACGCUCUCACCGCCGAACAGCCCCAGCGUCUUGCCUUCGUCGCCCUGGAGUCCAGGUGGUCUGGGUAGCAGCAGUUCAAGCAGUACAAUUUCGAAUCCCUCCACCCUUAGUCAACCUGCCCAGGACCGAUUAAGUGCCUUCACCAUUGUCUCCGGAUACAACACUGAACUACAGCGGGUGCAGAAUCUACCACUCUCUGCGAAUUCGACCUCUCGAGAGAUGCGUUGUGGUUUAAUGUAUGGUGGAUAUGCGGCCAGCACUGCUUGGUGGGCCCAUCAUGCUGUGGGCCUUCUGCUACCCCAUUCCCUUGCGCCUCCCAGAAUUCCUUCACAGCAGACGACAUCUAUGGCCAGUGGCUCACCGGUUCACCCUGAACCACCAAGUCCUGAGAGGGCUGGCUCGCCCCGAAGGUGCACACCCGAGAAAGCAAAAUUCGACGAGGAAGUUCCAUUAAACCUGAGUACGAAACCGAGUGAUGUGUCUUCAACAAACAGUCGGAAGGGUGAAAUCUGGUCACCUGGUUCAGUCUGCGAGAGAGAAGCCAGGGAGACGAGGGCACCUUCUGAUCGGCAUUCCCCUUUAGGAACAACCCCAGUAAUAACUCGGCAAAUUCACCACUCGCCCUUGACGCCACCCUCGUCGUCGGAGAGAACAUUUCAGUGUAAGCAAUGUGGGAAGGCUUUCAAAAGGUCUAGUACACUCAGCACGCAUUUGCUGAUUCACUCCGAUACGAGGCCCUAUCCUUGCCAGUAUUGUGGUAAAAGAUUUCACCAAAAAUCCGACAUGAAGAAACACACCUACAUUCAUACUGGUGAGAAGCCACAUAAAUGUGUCGUAUGCGGAAAGGCCUUUUCUCAAAGCAGUAAUUUGAUAACCCACAUGAGAAAACACACUGGCUACAAACCCUUCCAGUGUGGUCUUUGUGAAAAGGCUUUCCAACGAAAAGUUGAUCUUAGAAGGCAUCGUGAAGGUCAGCAUCCUGCUGCACCUGCCCUAGAUUAUAGAUCUCUUCAGGUACCACCUUCUGUAAGACACACAACACCUCCCACAUCUUCUUAUCACAUGAUACCAAUACCUGGUAGUAGUUGAAAUUAAGUAUAUUUCGAAUUUCGACCUAAAAUGUAUAUUUUAAAAUUCAAAGGUGAAACCAAAAUUUAAGGAUUUUAGGUCACACAAUUUCAUAAUAUUAUUUAUUUGCACAGAGUGCAUAUUUUAGUCCUUCAGGCAUCGAAUAAUUCCAUUUAAAAAAUAGACUAGUGCCCGGCGUUUCAUCUAUCGGGAAGAAAACAAAGAAAUCCGAAGUAAAAAUUCUCUGUUUGAUUAUACUUUGAAAUUAUAUAUUUUUUCUUUGGAUUUUGAGUAGAUGAACCGUUCGAUUUUUUCUAUCUUAUCAGAACCGAGCAGACUUUGAAAUAUCAAAAAUCAAAAUAGUAUAAAGUACUCCUACGUUUUAUUUUUAUGAGAGGGGAGAAAUAAAUUGCUUAAUCAGUGAGUUUAAAACCUUAUUAAGAGUCUUAUACAAUUUAAUAUGCAAAAUAACAUAAUAUUUUUGGUCAUUAGUGUAUCCUUACAGUUUAAGUAGCCACAAGCAGAAUUCUGAUGGCUACUUAAUAUCCUUAAGUACUGCUUUUAAUUUAAUUACCUAUAAACGACCACUGAUUGGGAAAAAUAAAUAAAAGAGUCGUACUCUUUAAAGAGUUUGUACAUGAGACUUGCAAUAUUUUUUACUUUCUUUCUUGUCGUGUGCAUUUUUUUUGCAAUCAUUAUAUGCCAAUAAUCGCGAGUGCUGGAGAAUCAAGUGCACAUGCAAAAUUCAGAACUGCCUUUUUCUAACGCGAGUGUUGCGAUCGAUCAUAUUUUAUGAUAAAACGCAUCGAUGAUUGAUCACCUGGCUCGACAAACUAUGAUUGCACCGAUGAUUUUAAAGAGAUUUCAUCUUCACGCUACUCCGCGUCAAAUCCUUUAUUCAGCAGAUGCCCUAAAAAGUUUUAUUAAACGGAUUUUAUCUCCAAGACAGUUUGAUGAAAUUAAAUUAAAUUUUCAAUCAGUAAUUAACCUAUUCUUAAAUGUUUACAAAGAUAUAAAAAAAUAUAAUUUGAUUUCCCAAGGUCUGCCGGUUGUAAUAAUGGUACUUAAUAACGAGAGAGGAAAUAAAAAUAAGAAUUAGGGAGGGGAGAAGUAACAAACGAAAAUGAUCUGUCAAAGAAUCUUAAACCGUCCAUUAUGCAAAUAUUUAUACGAUAGAUACCAGUACAUGUGCGCAAUUCAAUCCAUCACGUGAUUUUCAGUCUCAAAGUAUUGAUAUUUUGUUGAUUCAAGCUUGAUAAUAAUUUGAAAAAUAUAUUUUUUUAUACAUAAAAAUAAUCUGCGCACGUGUCCCCCAUAGAUCUACGAUUAUAAUUAAAGAGUGUCUGCAUGUGCCUUUCGGUGUCACCGCAUACCUGAAUCAUUCUAUUUAAUAAAGUAUGUUACUAUAUUUAUAUUAGACGUAGACAGCAACGCAAGAAAUAAAAAUCGAAAACUUUGUUUUAAUCGAUUUUAUUUUCCAUUUGAACGUAAGAUCGAUUAACGGAAAUUUUAGACGCACCCGAGGUUAAAGAAAAAAAUCUAAUUUAUACAUUUUUCUUUGAGUUCGUGGGCAUUAUCUUGCGUGAAUCACGACCGUGUACAUACGUACAUGUGUUAAUUACAUGUCAUAGUCCGUCGAAGCCAAAGCCGUCCGUCUCGAAAAAUUGUUCCAUUGAACAAUGAAAAAAAAUAUAUCGGAAAUUCGGAAAAUCUGUACAUUUUGAUCGAAACUAUUUUUGAAGACCAAAAAAUGAAGGAGGAGGAAAGCAUCCUCCUUCCUCCAAAUUCGAUUUAUUAUUCAACAAUUUCUUAUAUUUUAUUGGUGCCAAAGAGGAGUUUGUUAUACGUCAAACAGCGAAAAAAAUAUUAUUUCUGCGGUCGAUACUUAAAGUAGUGACUAAUGAAAAUGAAAAUGAUACAAAUUACUAAAAGUGAAAAUGUAAAUUUAAAAAAUUGAUUGUUAGAUCAACUUUUUUGUAAAUAGGGUGUAAAUUCAUCCUCUAAAAUCCAGAAUAUCUGUACAGAAGAGAAACGUUAAAAUAUUAUUAAUGAGAAACCAAGAUGGACAAUUUCACGUUUUCCAGCACCUGUAAAAAGUAAAAAGCACCCGAUUUAAUGAGGAAAAUAUUAUAAAAACGCACUGUAUUUUUUCUGCACGUGAUUGUGUUUGCGAUUUAGAAACCAUAAGAUUGGAUAUAGAGGGGUGAAGAAAGACAGGGUUGUUGGUUUUUAUUGCUAAAUUUCAACUGUCCGGCAAAGAUUCAUAUCGGCUAGAGGACCAAAGAUAAUUUUAAACUGGCUCGAUCGAUUGAUAGAACCCGAGUUUUUUUUCGAGCGACAAUAGUUUAAAUAAUUAAUUAGAAGAGUAAAAAUUUAGGAUGUUAUAUGGUAAUAUUAUCAAAUUUUAUGAAAAUUCCAAAGCAGUUAGAAUUUGAUAAAACCAUUUAGUGAGCACAAUUUAAAAUAAAAGUGUGUACAUUUUUUUCUAGAUCUUUUGCUGUCAAUUUUAAUGAAUUAUGAACGCUCGAAGAAAAAUUCGCAAAACUUCGAGAUCUCGAGCCAAUGUGUGUAUGUAGACACGGGAAGAUUGUAUGAUACCAUUAAUGUAAUUAGUCGCCUAAGUAAGUUAAUUAAGCAGGUAGUUAAGAAAUGGCAAAAAAAGAGACAUCGAUGCUUCGUUGCGAUUAUUUAUAAUUAUAAUGUAUAUCUGGUUUUUAUCAAUAUUCAUUAUUGUACACCAAAAAAAUUGUGUAAGUUUUCUUCGAUUCUGACGGCACUUCCGGUGUAAAAUAUUUUAGUUAGCAAGAGCUCAAAGAGCGAUUGUUUUUCAAGAGUGAAAGAGUGAGCGAUGGUUGAAUUCUGUGGUUUAUCAAUUUAAAAAAUAUGUUUAUUAGC